UAUUGGACCUCGUCUGCUCGCCAUUGAUUUCAUGGACAUCGGUUCCAUUGAUGAACCGUCGAAGCCACCACAUAGGUACCUUAUUCUUAUUCAAACGUCAUCUUUUUCCUUUUACCUUUUCUGUUUGCUCCGUUGUCCUGCAGUUGUCCACCAUCUUUCCAAGUCUCCGUUUGCUGUCCACAAAAAAGGGUCUAGCUGGUCCACGAUAUGCAGGUCCUUGUAUUGGUAAGCACCUGAAUGGUUAAGCGUCUCAAAUCAGGGAAGUGAGGGUAUCAUGGCACAUGGUUUUAGAACAGAUGCGGAGGGCCGAGGCAAACUCGAGGUAACGCAAGGUAAGGUAGCGUCAGAGCUUGGCAGAUUCGUUAGCGCAGCCGUCAUGAAGUUAGAACUAUCUAUUCUUUGUUGAGCAUUGACAAACAAUCUCGAGCAGCUUUGAUACCCACCUCCAAAUUCAUUGAAACAUUAAAAGACAAGGGAUGAACAUAAUCAUCUCUUGUGUCGAGAGCAAGUAGCAUCAAUGGUUUGGGACCAUCAAACGAAGAUGAUCUUUGCAAUAUCCGCCGAAUGAGUUGGGAGACUGCGUCGUUAUUUGUAACUCUUGAGCCAAAGAAACUCGAGACCAUUUGACACGAGGACCAUAAUAGUUGUUCAGGAAGCGUUCCAAGUUUAUUUGAAUAGACUUGUCUCAGCACCCUCAUCAAUCGCAAUCGAGGUCUCGAGUUUUCCCACAUUCUUUUCUAAGCUGAAGAAGUACCCUCAAGCGCAACAGUCAUGGAAUAGUAUCAUCGACUUGUUCCUCGGAAUUCGGAAUUUGCUGCCCAAUGUUCGCUGCAUUUUCUCGAACAUUUGAGACUCGACAGGCUGUGCAACUCCAGAACAAAAAUUUCGUCAAAGUGGUGAAACCUACAGUGCAGUUUAUUGACUCUAAAUGCUGACAAGAACGUGGUCAGCUCGUGGGUGGUGGCAGUCGGUAGUUAUAGGGCUUGGGCUGUGUUGCAAACAUCAUCAACCGUUGCUCAACUCCGGCACGGGAAUGCCCUAUUGAUGAACUUUCGCGGCUGGCGCGAUGAACGACUUGACUAAACAUCACGACAUGUUAACCAAUCGCUCACACUCAAACCUACAUACCUUAGCUUAGCAACUGCUCGAGGGAGAACACGACGGCUAAAAAUAUCCUAAACAUUGAAUUCCGACGCUACGGAUAAGUCAGACUCAGCCUACCACAGUCCUCCAAAUUCAACAAAAAGGUGGAUUGCUAGGCUCACAGGAACGCCAUCUACGGGUAGGACCCUCGUAUUUGAUCGACACGAGGCGGUGCCAUGGGCGGCUACUCCAUUUCUGUGCUCCUACGUUACAGUAGGAGUAGAGAAUCAUCCUGCGGCUGACUGAAUUCUUCUGGAACAACCGCUUAUGGCGCAAAUGUGUGUGUGCUGCUCCUGUCUUAAAAGGUUGCAGUAGGGCUAUUCGGCACUUGGCUUUGGUAUUUAUACGAACAGAUCUCCAGAGUCAGGUGGACUGAAUUCGUGGAGAUCACCUCUUUAUACGAUAUCCAGAUAGAUCUCUCGUAUCUCUUGCAGUAUAAUACUCGAUAUUAACCCCAGUAUUGUUUCAACUUAUCCUUGCACAACUCUCAUCACUUUCAUCAUGGGCUGCAACAACUCUCGCCACAUCCUCGAGAUGGAAUCUCGACCUAUCCGUCCUGUGACCAUCUCCAGCCAUUCAGUUGGCUCUGUCAUGGCUCCCUCGUCCAUCUUCCAAGACUUCCCUGAAACCUCAGAGUUGAGUCGACAGCAGAUCAUCGACGCCUUCCAACACAUGGCCGAGUACCUGAACGAAUGUGGCACAUACGUGAACUGUGCUGUCGUUGGUGGUGUUGUAAACGCACUUUAUCUGCGUCACAGAGAGACAACUCCCGACGUCGAGUUCCUUCUUCACGAUCCUGCCUCGAAAGAGUACAUCACACUCAGCAAUGCUGCUAGUUUCGCCAACAAGAAGGCUCAAGGAACUCUCGGAGAGCAGUGGUUCAACAACUCGAUGCAAAUCUUUGUGCCUCGAAACAUCCAGCUCGAUAUUCUUCAAUGGGCCAAGGAACAGCAUGAAGUCAUCUUCGAGCAUCGCGGUAACUACGGCGGCCUCACAGUUUACGCUGCCCCAUGGGACUAUGCGUUGUGCAGCAAACUCAACAGUCUCUACGACAAUAUCCGAGCUGAUGAUAUGGAGGAUGCAGUCGCAUACCUACAUCGAUAUCUGACUCUUACUCGCCAAGAGUCCCUCAAUGGGAACCAAGUUAACGACUGGUGCAGGAAGUACCAUCAAGAUGUUUCGCGAGAUGUGCUGAAUCGCCUUGGAGAGGCGUAUGCUCGAAAGCACGGUAGCGGGCCGCUUCAGUGGUGAAGCCGGCUGUAGGAGGAUUAAGGAUUUGGCUGGAUGUUAGAUAUAGAUGGCAUGAACUUAUGAUGAUACCCAGCUCAUUAGCGAGCGCACUUAAUGAUAAUACUUGUUUGAAUCGGUAGA